GACAAUCCUUUUGCAGCUUUGGCACUAUCAUUGCCAUUCCACCAGCUCCAGCCCAGCCAUGAGGAAAGAGGUUUGCACCAUUACUUUUCUCCGAGCUGUCUUCACCGAGUUCUUGGCGACAAUGAUUUUUGUGUUUUUUGGUUUGGGCUCAGCACUGAAGUGGCCAUCAGCCUUGCCAAGCGUCCUUCAGAUUUCCCUGGCAUUUGGCUUGGCAAUUGGCACAAUGGUACAGACCUUUGGUCAUAUCAGUGGCGGCCAUAUCAACCCAGCAGUGACCAUUGCCUUCUUCGUUGGGAACCAGAUCUCUUUCCUCCGGACCUUGUUUUAUAUCGGGGCUCAGCUGCUGGGGGCCAUUGCUGGUGCAGGCAUCCUUUACGGAGUGACCCCCAGCAACGCCCGUGGUAAUUUGGCAGCCAAUGGGCUCAGCAACAACACAACAGCAGGUCAGGCUGUGGUAGUGGAGAUGAUCCUGACUUUCCAGCUCGUCCUGUGUAUUUUUGCCUCAACUGACAACCGCCGAAAUGACAACGUGGGAUCCCCAUCUCUGUCCAUUGGAUUGUCUGUCACCCUGGGCCACCUGGUGGGGAUCUAUUUUACUGGCUGCUCUAUGAAUCCUGCCAGGUCUCUUGGGCCCGCGGUUGUCAUGAAAAGAUUCACCUCUGCUCAUUGGGUGUUCUGGGUUGGACCCAUUUCUGGAGGCAUUCUAGCUUCUCUGUUGUACAACUACCUGCUGAUCCCCCACUCAAUGAAUAUGUCUGAAAGAGUUGCCAUCAUCAAAGGUACCUAUGAGUCAGAGGAAGAGUGGGAAGACAAAGAGAAAAGCAUGGAAAUGUCUUCUCCAUAAACAAGAGUGAUCAGAAGGAGAGAGAGAAAAGGAACCUGAUGGCUUACAUGACAAUAAACCCUCACUGUAUGUCUUGUAAGCCCAAGAAACUUCCCCCAGUGCCCAGGACUUGAAGAGAGAAUGGGAAGAGCUUACUUGCCUAAAUAACUGUCUUGAAUUUAUGGCUGCAUGUACAUGAGUGCACGAGAAAAUGUGGCUCAUUCAAACAGCAAAACCAGACAAGGAGAGUAUUUUGACCUCAUGGAGCCUGCAAAAAUCUGGAUGUGCUCCAGGACUUUCUAUCCAUAUUUCUAUUCUUUGCAACAGGGCACAGUCUUCAGUAAUUUGUUUAGAUAUUGACAUCUGACUUCCCGACAGGUGUCCAGAAUUUGUCACUACAGGUCUAUUGAUAUGCUCUAGGCUUUGGGGGCAUAGUGGCUUGAGCUUGUCUCAUCUGUGUACUAAUAUUUGUCACUGGGUCUUGGAAUGCGUAGGACAUCAUUAAUUUUAAUAUUUAGGACAAGCUAAAUAUGAAGCAAAACCCUGAGCUGAAGUUAUGGCCGAGCUUGUGAAAGAGAACUGACAGCCGUUUUGCACUGAGGCCUAUGAGGAUUUGUAUGAGGUCCCACAAAGGCACAUCUCCUUUUUAAAAGAAGGUAGUGCUUUAAGAUCUUUCUUAGAGAAAGAGAUUUCAGGGUUCAAAGAAAAUGCAAUACAUCAAAGCCCCUUGCUUUGACUUCAUUUCCAUCUUACCCAGAAGCAAUGGAGAGAGAUUGUUUGAGGGCUCUUCAGUAUAGCUUAGCCUGUCUCCUGUAGCUAUCUAGGUUAUCUUGACUCAGUUCUCCCACGUUUCUGAUCCUUGUCUUUGAGAGAGAAGGAGCUUCAUCCUUUGUGCUGCUUAGGACAAGCCAGCAGGCAGAGGUUAGGGGAGGAGUAGUGCAAUUAACUCAUAGAAAUGAAACCAGGAGCAGAGCUAAUAGCAAUAGAUGGAAUAGUACCUGACCACAGGGAUCAGACCAGCUUAUGCAUGGAUUCCAGAGAAAAGCAGCACAGGAAGAUGUGGCAACACGUGAGUGCAGUCCCCUCCUUUCUCCUGAGGAGUCAUCAUUUCACCCUCCCCUUCCUGCCUCAGGGUAACUCCAAAUGCAUUUCCCCCCAAAAGAAUGUGGAAGAAUGUAAAAUAGCUAUAUGGGCAUGCAUAUGUAUACCGUGCAAUUUUAGAAAGAAUUCUCCUCCAGCGUGAGGAAGAUGCAAUACUUCUCAGCACUCUGGGAAAAGACAGAGACCAAAUGACAUACAUGCCAACAACAUUUUAUCUGCUGCAAAUGGACCUCCUGUCAAUCUUAGGAAAGCCUGAUAUGUGGGGCGGGGGGAGGAUUCAUUCUCCGCGUAAAAGUCUUAAAUAAACUAAUCUGAACUCGCGGGUGUGUGGUAGAAAAAGCACCUCUAAGCACAGAGAAAGACAACCCCUGGUGGUUAUUUGGCAAGCCUACAGACCAAGAGAAAGUUGUCUGAGUUAUAGCAGCUGUGGUUCAAGAGGGUGUGAUCAAAGGCCAAGCCAAAAGUUGGAUUUUAAGGAAGCCUGGCUUUUAUGAGGGGAAAAAAACCCCUCAUUCUCCACAUAAAAGUCCAGUACAAAUGUUAUACUGUCUGCUAGUUUGGUUUAAAGCUUUAUAACAGACAGUAUAACAUAACUUUGGAGGGAAUAGGACAUGUCCAAUUGUUUUUCUGCAAAAGAAGAAAGCAAUUUGCUUGGGGCCUUGGUUAUUAUUUGUGUCUAUAAUAUAUUGUAUUAUUUAUUAUCAAUGAAAAAGAAAGACUGUGUACAAAGACCUUUGGCUGAAAGCGCAUGGGAUUCAACGGGAGCAGCAUGGGGGAGGAGGGCCAAGGAAGUAAAGAGGGCACGACAGCUGUACAAUGGAAGCCCCGCCCCUUUCUACAUGCAAGCCGUGUCACCCGCGUGUACAGAAAGGACAGGGUUUCAAUCACGCUCCUGCAGCCACCAUCUUGACUUUUUGACCCCCUCAAGGACAUCUCUGGUGAGCUGUCCAGUUCAGCUGCGAGAGGCAGUAAUUUAAAUGGUUUAAUAAGAAAGAUGGCUACCUUAAGGGGCCAAGUGGAGGCCCAGAGCCACCUGAAAUAUUUAGCUUUCUCCUCGUCUGAUUUGAAUCCACUGAAUUCAAAUUCACCGUGUUCGAACAGCACCGACAUCUUGGAGACCACAGUAGUGCGACCCUCCAGCUUUGCGUGCUCUAGCCCCACCCCCAAUGAGGCCCUGGCCACACCCACCAAUCAGAAUUUCCCUUGGGGUGGAAGAGCCACAUCCAAGGACAUGGCUGUGAUGGAGGAGCUCCUAAGCAGGUGCUGCCUGGGAAACCAGGAUAUAAGGGGCAAUGGUAGCUUACCUCAGCAGCAUGCCCUGAUUUCUCUGUAAGUUUAAGGAGAAAGAGAAAAAAGUGCUGCUUUGCUGCUUUCCAUCUUUGCUGCUCCCAGGUAAGAUGGCAGAGCAAAGGAAAACAUUGAUUGCUGGAAGAUGGGAGGGGGGGAGAGAAAAGGAACAUCUGUUGGGGGUCCCUCUGGGCUAUGGCACAGUCAGGCACUGUGGCCCUCUCCCAGGUAGCCAGGCCUAGAGGUGCCACUGGGCUUCCCAGUGAUAGCCAACUUAUGUGCAUGAGGCCACUAGGAU